AUGUCUCAGCCAUUACCGUCGUCCUUUGAUGGGAACUCUGACUUCUAUGAAGAAAAUCGAUGGCAAAAGUUCUCGAGAAGGCUUAAAGAAGAGCCUGUAAUCCCUUUUGGAUGUGCCUUAACGUGCUGGGCUCUUUUUGGAGCCAGUCGGUCCAUCCGUGCAGGCGACCACAAUAAAACAAAUCGAAUGUUCCGAGCUCGUAUCUUCGCACAGGGAUUUACACUUAUUGCUAUGGUCGCUGGUAGUAUGUACUGGGAAGCAGAUCGCAAGAAGCGCAAGGAGUUUGAAGGGGCAGUUAGCGAGAGGAAGGCAAAAGAGAAGAAUGCCGCUUGGAUCCGAGAACUGGAGGCUAGAGACGAGGAAGAAAAAGAGAUCAGAGCUCUCAGGGAGAAGAGGAGGAUGAGGGAAAGCAAUCCCAAGAAUGCGAACUCAAUGAUAGACGAUUCUGAAAGGAGGACGCCGAAGGUAUCUGAGAUGGUCCGAGAGCUGUUACUUAAUGGCAGGAAAUAG